UUCAGGAGCAUGAAAGGCAGUCCGGCUGGCAGGCCGACGAACGAGGCGUCCUUGAGGAGUUUUAGAUAGUUAUGGCAAAAGUUGUGUUUGAUUAUACUCUUAAAUUUUGUUAUGUAUUGAGAACUUAAUCAUACGUUACAGUUCCCUGGCUGAACAAACGCUAAACCUAUGAGUUCUGUGAGCGGCCGACGUCACACUGCUGCGAAAAAUAGCAAUGGAAGUGAAGCGGUGCAAGGAUUUGUCCAGAAGGUGUAUUCCUCUGAUGGACACCUUCAUGAUUCCCUGGAGGACGAAAUGAUUGCCUUCCUCACUGACGAUGAAGCCCAACUGCACACAUAUGAUGAUCUCACCAAAGUCAACCCAGUGACACCAACAACAGUUCUGCUAUGCCUGCAGGCCAGAUAUGGAAUGAAGGUGUUUUACACCCACGCUGGCUGCACCUUGGUGGCUCUUAACCCCUUCCAGUCUGUUCCUAACCUUUACUCCCUGGAUACGAUGACAGGCUAUCACUGUACUCCCAAGCUGAAGGAGUCUAAGCCACAUAUCUUUAUCGUGGCAGAGGAAGCCUACAGAAAUGUUAAGGGUCAGUUGGGGCCUGUGGACCAGUCCUUGGUGGUCAGUGGGGAGAGCGGUGCUGGGAAGACAUGGACCUCUCGCUGCCUGAUGAAAUACUACGCCACGGUUGCAGCUUCCUCCUCCGUGUUGGAGAGUCAGGACACUGUAGAGAGGAUAGAGAGGAGAGUUCUGGACUCCAACCCCAUCAUGGAAGCUUUUGGCAAUGCGUGCACACUCCGCAACAACAACAGCAGUCGCUUUGGAAAGUACAUCCAGCUCCAUCUUGACAGGUGUCAGCUGCUUGUCGGGGCAUCUGUGCAAACAUAUUUACUGGAGAAGACCAGAGUGGCCUGCCAACCUGCUAAUGAAAGGAACUUCCACAUCUUUUACCAGAUGAUGAAAGAGGGCACUGACGCCCAGAGAAAGGAGUGGAAUAUACCACAUGGACACCGCUUUGUGUGGCUGCCAAAUGUUGAAAAGAGCAUAGAAGAGGAUUCUUUCUACGAGACUGUUGACGCUAUGGUCCACAUGGGUAUUGACACCGAGAGGCAGAGACAGAUAUUCAGGAUAUUAGCGGGUAUUCUACAUCUGGGGAAUGUAAAAUUCUUCCUUUCAGCAGAUGAAUCACAGCCAUGCACCAUUAAGGAACAGUCCAAAGAGUGCUUGCAGAGAGCAGCUGAACUAUUGCAAUUGGCUGCAGAUGAGCUUGAGAUGUGUCUAAGUGUGAGGACUCUCAAAGCAGGGAAACAUAGCGUACACAAGCCUUGUUCCCAGGCGGAGUGUUGCGUGAGGAGAGACUGCCUGGCCAAAGUCAUCUAUGUCCAAUUAUUUGAAUGGCUUGUGACAUUUAUCAACAACAGCAUUUGUGCUGACAAAUCAACUUGGUGCAACUUCAUAGGUGUUCUAGAUGUUUAUGGCUUUGAAUGUUUCCAAACCAACAAUUUGGAGCAACUGUGUAUCAACUAUGCCAAUGAAAAACUGCAGCAGCACUUUGUGGCGCAUUAUCUUCGAGCUCAGCAGGAGGAAUAUGUGUCAGAGGGAUUGCAGUGGUCCUUCGUCAAAUAUCAAGACAACCAGAGCUGUUUGGACCUUCUCGAAGGAAGCCCUAUCAGUGUGUUUUGUCUUCUCGAUGAGGAGAGCCGCCUUAAUCGAGCCUCUGACGCCAAGGUACUCAGGAUUCGUUUGGAGAAGGAGCUCAGUGAUAACGGCAGCAUCAGCUGGGAUAAAUUCAGCAAGGUGCCACACUUUACUGUGGCCCAUUAUGCUGGCAAAGUCAACUACAAGAUACAAAGCAUGGUGGAAAAAACAAGGUUAGACCCAGUGGCACCUGAGAUCAUCAGUAUACUUCAGAAGUCUGGCAAUCGCCUGCUUCAGCAUAUUUUUAUAGAAAAAGAGGGCGAGCAUUCACCAAACAGGGCCCUCAGUAAAGUCACUGUAGUCUCCAAGUUCAAGAACUCCCUGGAGCGCCUCAUGAGCAUCCUGCACACCACCACUCCUCAUUACACGCGCUGCAUUAAACCCAACUCAGACUGUAAGCCGUUCAUCUUCAAGAAAGAGGAGGUGAUCAUACAGUUGGAGGCUUGUGGGAUAGUGGAGACCAUCCAUAUAAGUGCUGCUGGCUUCCCUAUUAGAAUUCCUUUCAAGUGCUUCAUACAACGCUAUGGAGCCAUUUUGAAAUGCUCAAAUAUCAAGUCACAAACUCCUAAUCUUGCCCAGGUUGGAAGCGACAAUGACUUUCUUCUGCAGGAGGUGCAGAAGGUCCUUGACCUGGUGUUUCAACACUCAGCACACAAUGUUAAAGGGGAACACCAAUCUUUGGUGCACUGUGGAAGAACUAAAGUGUUUCUCACACAGUUAAUGCUAGAUUUAUUGGAAGAUAAGAGGAAGACGAUCCUCUCAAAGUGUGCCUUCUCCAUUCAGUGCUGCUGGAUGCGAUACCAGCGCCGCAGACGCCAUGAGCGACAUCGUUCUGCUACUCUGAUCCAAGCAGUGGUGAGGUCUUGGCUUGUAAGGAGGAGGGUCCAGAGAUGGGAUAGAGCAGCCGCAUCUAUUCAGAAAUCCUGGAGGAAGUGGAAGGCACUCCUGAAGUGUUUAGCUGAAGCCGAGCUGGAUAAUGCAGAGGACUUCAUGUCAGAAGAUACCCCUGUGAUUAGGGAACGGGGAUCAGUGCAGCUCUCAACCAUCCAGGAACCCGUCAUGGUCCAAGGCUGGCCCAUGGGGCUGGCUUUGGCGUCCGCCCCGUCUAUCACAGUGUCCCUGACGGCCACAGGAUUCCAGAAGAUGAAGUCUGUGGUGGCUUCCCUAAAACUGCCCUCCAGGAGAGGAGAAUAUAAGGUGGAGACCAACCAAAACAUGCAGGGGGUCGCCUCCAUUAGGGCUCAACCAAAGGGAUCUGUAAAACUGCACUGCCAGCGGUCGCCCCUUCUCUACGCAGACAUGCAGCCUGAGCUGAGAAACGGCGUGACAGGCUUCAAUGAAAUCCUGCUCGAGAAGACUCUAUAGCAGAGGAGUCCAAACUUUGUCCACUUUCAUACAUCGUGUGCGCUAAAACCAAUCCAAUUUAGGUCAAUAUACAGCAGCUGAAGUAUUUAACACAUUUUCCUCAUUAAUUAUAUUUCCAAAGUGCUAUUGACAUAAAAAAAUCACCAGAUGUUGGAAACAACCCAAGUAAUACAUACAUACAUACAUACAUACAUACAUACAUACAUACAAAGACGAGAAAUUAAGUUGUUAUAAUGUGAAAUGACACAGGGAAAAAGUAUUGAACGCGCCUACUGGUUUCAUGCAAUACUUUGUACAAAAGCCUGUUUGCCUCCUGUAUGGAGAAACUAGUCGCAUGCUUUCCUCCUCCACACAAGUAGUUGGCUGUAUGAUUUGGAUCAUUAUCCUGCUGGAAUGUCCACCCUUGUUUCAUUUUCAUCAUCUUCGUAGAUGGCAACAGAUUCUUGUCAAGAAUGUCUCAGUACAUUUGCCCAUUCAUCGUCUCUCCAACAAUGUGAAGUUUACCAGUACCUGAAAUGCAACCUACACCAUCAUGUUCCCACCUGAGAACUUCACUGUUGGUAUGAUGUUUUUAGGAUGAUGUGCAGUACCAUUUCUCCUCCCAACUAGGUGUGCAUUAUGGCAUCCAAACAGUUCAAUUAUGGUUUCAUCAGACCAGACUAUAUUCUCCCAGUAUUUAACAGGCUUGCCCAAAUGUUGUUCAGCAAACUGUAAACGCGCUUUGACAUGCUUUUUUUUUUAGCGAUGGGGUCUUGGGUGCAUACAGGCCAUGGUGGUAGAGUGCAUUACUCAUUGUUUUCCUUGUGACAACAGUACCUGCUAAUUCCAGGUCUUUUUUAAAGCUCUCCACGGGUGGUCCUUGGCUCUUAUUAUUCUUUGCACUCCAGUUAGAAAUUUUUCCAGGAGUACCUGAUCGAGGCAAAUUUAUUGUGGUAUGAUUGGCUUUCCACUUACCGGUACGUAUUAUGGCCCCAACCGUGCUCACUGGAACAUUCAGAAGCUUAGAUAUGCGGCUAUAACCAAUGUCAUCGUUCUGUUUUGCAAUUAAUUUGCGAUUGUCUUGAGACAGAUCUUUGCUCUUACCCAUCAUUAGACGUGUCUUGACAUAUUAUCACACACAACUUGAGUUCUGAGCUUAUUUCUUCUACUUUCAUUGUCUGUAAGGAUUACUUGGGUUGCUCCCAACAUCUGGUGAAAUGUUCUAUUCAACAGCACCUUUUGAAAUAUAUUUAGCGAGAAAAAUGGUGACGUGUUAAAUAGUUAUUUCAGCUGCCAUAUGCUAUCUGAACAAAACAUCCACGUAUUAGCUUUGUGUUGGUGACAAAGCAAAUUAGUUUAAUAUCUAAUCAUAUUCCUCAUUGAAUUCAUUAUUUUUUAUAAUAUGUCUCACAUUGGACAGCUCUGCUCUAUACUUACACUAUAGUAUGAAAUGUUUCUUGUAGUAAAACAGCCAGUCCCUCCAGGACUUCGUGAUGUUGCGAUCGUGCCAAUUCAACCAUCUACCCAUCCAUUUUGUGUCGCUCGGCCCUUUCAAGGUUGCCUUGGUGGGGUUGGGGAGAUUGGAUGGAGCCUCUGAGCUGUGCUCAAACUCGCGCAUCUACUAUCUAAUCAAAAGCAAAUCAUCUAAUUUUGGUAUUAAUGGAAUGCCACAAGUAAUAUUUGAAUGAGUGUAGAGUGUAUGUUUGUGUCCCAUGUGAAGGGAUGAGUUGAGUUUAAGAUGUCAGUGCUGCCUUCAAUUGAUUCUAUGGCUCCGAUCAGUGUCAUUUGUUAAAAGCAACACAUAUCACUCAGGGGCUGUUAUAUGAUUCACACGCACACUGUAAACCAAUUACGGUAUUUUGCUUUUAUAUAUUAGCACCAAAAUACAGUACCCGUAUUGCAUGUGUUGCACAGCAAAAGCAAAGAUUGCACAUUCAGAGAACACACCUGUUCAAUUAUAGCAAUGUGUAUUUGAAUCAUGGAGAAAAAAAUGUUGGGGUUUAAAAUAACUGCUGCUUUUAAAUAUGCACACCGUGGGAAUAUAUGCAAAUAUUGUUUUACACUUGUAUGUGAGUAAAGUUUUUUUGUCAAAUUAAAUGGAUUUUCUUUUUUGUAAUUGAAAUACACUGCAGUACUGUAGGUUAUUACUAAGCAUACAGACACGAUUAUAAGGGUGUGUGUACACAAAAGAUUAUAACCAAGAAAAUGAACCAUGUAAUUUUUAUUUGCUUUGAUAAAAAAACAACAACAAUGCCUUUUGUGCAUCCUUUUAUUUUCUAUACAAAAUACAAAUGUGCUCCCCAACACAAAAUCCAAUAAAUACAGUACAGAUUUACCAGUCC